CUCGUGAAUUUAACAUAGGUGAAGGAACUGUGAGUAGUAUUUUACAUGAAAAAGAUAAAUGGUUAAGUAUUGAUUCAGAUAUGCCUAAAUUAAGUUUGAAAAAACAACAGCCUCCCGCAUGA